AUGUACGCGGAUCCCAAUAAUCUUGAGACCGGACACGUUCUUUACAGUACGGAUGUCGCGAAUUGCACGGACUCUCGUCCGGAUGACUUUCAGACGGCGGCAGACGAAAUUGUUCGGCGUCGGCAUGACUGGGUGAAGCUGAAUGUUGGCGGGACAUACUUUACAACAACAUUCUCCACGCUCUUUUCGGACCGUGAUAGCUUGCUUGCAUUACUGGUUCAGGCCGAGAUGGAGCAUAUGGCUCCUGUAGACAGGGAUUCGGAUUGCGCCAUACUGCUGGAUCUUGACCCGCUCUAUUUCGCCCCCAUACUGAACUACUUGAGGCACAAUGUGCUCGUCAUUCCACCCGGCGUCCCUGCAGCCGGUGUUUUAGCCGUCGCGGAAUACUUGAACUUGCAGGGGGUGAUUCGGCAGCUUGCACCGGAGCGGCAAAAGAAGCGGCAGCUAUUGUACAGUUGGGGCUCUGGCGCGUCAGGGGAGUUGGGGACGCAGCGAUUUCUGGAUUGCAGCACACCAACGCUUGCACAAAUUACCCCUUUUGGUGUGCGGGUGGUGGAUGUCGCUCUUGGUGCCAACUACAGCUGUGCCCUUUCCGAGGAUGGCAAUAUCUACACUUUUGGCAACGGAGACUGGGGCCAACUUGGACUUGGGAGUGCACGCGAGCUUGACGAGCACCCGGAUGACAAGUCGGCGGUGGUAACUGUGCCACAGCGCAUUCCAUUGUUUGAGCAGGAUCCAGCGGUGCAUCUCGCCGCUGGUUAUGCAUUUGCCAUGGCCCUAACAGCGGGACAUCAUGUCUACUUUUGGGGAAACAACAAUCACGGGCAGAGUGGUCUUGGGCCAAGGUACUUUGACUACU